GCCAAGAUCUCGGGUCUGAAGUCAAUCUGUCGGGCUGGGCUCGGUCCGGUAUCUAUGGUGAGAAAAUCUCAAAUUCAUUCUGGCGAGGUGAGGGAAGUAAAUUUGUCCAGGAGAAAAUACAAAGCCAUUAUAAAAGCAGCCUCGCUCUUGAUAUGACAGAUAGCUUAGGUUAGAAUAAUAUGAUUGUAAAUCUAAAAUGAAAAAAAAAAAAAAAGUAGUAGCAAAUCAGUUCUAAAAGCUGAAUGACAACAUAAAUUAUAACUUAAUAACUAGGUAUUCCCUUUUCUGAUGAGGAUAUUAGAAAGUAGGAUCAUAAAUUUCUCAAACGAAGUCUUGUGUUGUUAAGUCAGGGACAACAUGAAGUCUAGAAUGUCUCAACACCUCGGAUUUUCUGCUUCUUCAUGAGGCAGGACAUGCUUUUCUAUAUUUGUUUUGGUACCGAGUAUAACCUCCAGUAUUAUUUAACUUGCCAUCUUGAUUAUCAGAUCUCAAAAUCAAGUCUAAUGAUUUCUCCUCUAGGUUUACCCGGCAUAAUUUGUUGAGGGUAUACCCUAAAAGUACCUGGAUGACUUCAUCUAAUAACGAUCCUUUCGUUGGAUGGAUGCACGGAGCUCAAAUGGCUGCAUUUAAUAUGCAGGGCAAUGACAAGCACAUUUGGAUUAUGCAGGGAUUGUUUAACGGUGGCUGUGGUUGUGUGAAAAAACCUGGUUUUUCAUUGAGUGAACCUGAUUCUGAUCCUAGUGUGCAAUUGACUGUAGAAAAGAUUUUGAAGGUGAAAUCUACUUUGGGGCAGGGUGGCAUUUGGAUUUUCGCCACACAUUUUGAUCUGUAUUCUCCUCCUGACUUCUUCGUAAGAGUAAGAUGAUCUAUGUAAAUAUGAGUCAUCAGUAUAUGUGCCUGUUGGAAUUUCGAGUCACAAAUUUUGAACCUGCUUUUCUCCUUCGGAGGUCUGUACUCGUUGUAAAUUUUGACACGCGAGAAGUUUUUCCAGAUUUUUUAUGCUCAUCUGAACACAUGCAUCUCUCUGCAUUACUCAUUUGGCAGAAUUAUCAUCUAGAUUUCCCUCAUUUGGAACAUGACCGUGGGAAAAAUGUCACUAAU